AUGGCCACACGCCCAAAAGUCCUCAUCAAGCCCUUCACCGGCACCGGCGAACAAGAUGCUCGGCGCUGGAUGCUCAUCUUCAAAAGACAGCAACGCAAUGCCGGCAAUGACGCUGAGAUGUGGGUCGAGGACUUUGAUGCACUGAUGGAAGGAGCAGCAGGGAAAUGGGCUGACCGUGCCCUCAAAGACUGGUUCACCGCACCAUCUCAAGAAGCUGUUAACAACAUUACCUCAGCCUUCCUCAAGAAGUGGCAGGUGGACGUUGAGGACACUGAUGCCGAGGGAGCCAUCGACAAACCCACCGCCCUCACGCAAGGAUCAAACGAAGCGCUUAAAGAAUACCAUGAACGUGCAGCACUGCUGUUGCAUGAAGCCGGUGCAUCAGACUCAGCUGACAAUGACAACGACACCGCAGUCGGAGUCCUCGCAAUAGCAAUCAGCCGCUUCAAGAAGGGACUACAAGAUCGUGAACUCCGCAGCCUGGUUACUAAGGAAUCAGCAGCCAAGACUCUGCAAGCUACAGUCCAAUGCAUCGAAGCGUCUGAACCAAUUCCGGCUGAACUCGAGCAGAAGGUCACUGCAAUCAUCGACCAAAAGGAGGUGGCAGUAAGGCAGGUGAACAUUGCACAAUCAGCGCCAGAAGUCAUCCCUCAGCAGCACUUCUACCCACUCCAGCAGGCCCAAAGCUGUACGAUCCUCAGCAAGCACGAGCCAUCAGCCCAAGGAGGAUAUCAGCAACAGCAGCGCAAUGCUCCGGUCAACAACAUCUCAAUGGAUCAAGCUGAAGAGUGCGACUUCACAGAUGACAUGCGCUUGGCUGACAUCCGCUUUCAAGAUGAUCCCUUCUCAGCUAUCACCGUCAGCGUUGACCAGCUUGGACUGGACCAGUGUCAGGAGAUUGAUGUGUUGGACCUCGCCGGAUACAAGCGUGGAAGACAUGAGGAUGAUGAAGGUGACCGAGAGCCAUCAAAGGCAGCCCAACGCAACCCCGAUACAGAGCGAAUUUACGCACGACUGAGACGAGCAAGUGAUGCUGUCAAAGCGACGCCCAGAGCUACUACCAAUGCCAACAAGGACUCCACGAAGAGGAGCCGUAAACACAAGCUGCUCAAGCCCAUCAACGCCCUCUUGGGCCAACCACCGCUCAACAUCAAGGAGAUCCUUAGCAAGAUCAUGAUUGAAAUUCCCAUCACUUGGAUCAUGCAGUUCUCACCAUUCUUCAGAGAUGGGACCACGCGCCUGUCCAGUUUACCACGCCCUCGACGGACCAAGCCAAAGAAGAAGGAAGACAGUUAUGACGAAGAGAAAGAUCAGCUGUAUGACACCAACGCAGAGCACAUUCAAGCAGCCGUACGACAAGCUGACCACCGAACCAAACAACUCCAACAGCAGCGAUUCAGCGAGAGAGCACCACAACACCUUGAGAUUGGAGACACCGUCUUGCUCAAGAAUCACCACCUCCGAGAGAAGUCCAAGCAGCCACCAUGGUCAGGGCUGUUCAAGAUCACCGGCCGCACUGUCGACACCAACCAUUGCUUUACACUGUCCACCAUGCAUGGCAAGCAACUCAUUGGACAUCACCACGCAGACAACUUGAAGCUCUUCACCGCUCGCACCGGAUACCUCGCCGCCAACUAA